UUCUAGCGCGAGAGCUUGAAAACUGCAAGUUCUCGUGAAAUUUCCAAAUUAACUGCAAAUUAUGCGUAGGAUACCAUUGUAUAUAGCGGCGGACCCUUCUCCCGAGGACUCUGAAUAUGAGACUAUGACCUCGGUUAUGUGUCCUCGCAACCUAAUAGAGUGUGAACUGUUUCUAAAGAUCUUGCGAAAGGAAACCGAUGCGGUGUUUAAGUACUUUGCAAGGAACGCUGAUAGUUGUCUGACGAUUUCCAAGGAGUGCCUGAAAAUGAAAGACACCGAUGUGAUGAAAAUGACCCUGCAAAAUUUAAAUGAAAUCAUUUGCCGUGGACCCACUGAUUCGAUUGCGUUUGUGGAUGCAAUCUUGGCCAGAAGUGUGGUCUACCUUAAGAACUACGAACAUGAGAUCGCCUGCAAUGACCUGCUAUAUUAUGAAUCGUUGCCGGUCGCCCUCAAAACAACGGAGGGAAUCAUAUUCUCUGAAAUAUACCUGUGCGUUUGCCUGUAUUUAUUGCGAAAGUAUCAACCAGCGAGGGACAAGUUGGCUUAUGUGAAGAAACUGAUUGAUAAAGCCGCCUUACCUGAAAACAGUGAAAUGGCCAGCGUUUUGAACUUACUGAAAAUAUACGAAGACAAAAUCAACCAAGAGUCUAGGAAUGUGGAACUUUGCAAGAAAACGGUACGCAAGUUUUUUGAGCCGUUUCUUGGUUACAAGUUCUGCAGAAAAAUUCCCUACGCCAGCAAGGCCUGCAAAUAUGUCCCAAAGUCGGGUGAUAAUGACGCCGCUGUUCUGGCAUCAAGUGAUAUUCCCAAAGGGGAAAUAGUCCUGGUCGAGGAUCCCGCCCUCUUUCAGUUCAGUGCCCCGUUCCUUAAUUGCUCCCUGUGUGAAACGCAUCAGGAAUUGCUUUAUACCUGCGAGGACUGUCGUUAUAAGACCUACUGUUCCAAGGCGUGUUUUGACUCCGAUGCCAUAGUGCAUAAGUUUGAAUGCCUUGGCUAUCGAAUUGGCCUAUUACCCAUGCUAGAGGCCACAAUGUUGUUUCGACUAUUUCUUCAAGCAGCCGAAUACAUAUUUCCGGCUAUAUUUGAUUUUACCAUGGAUGGCGGAGUUAUAAACAAUCCGCGCGAAGCUUGGAACUUAAUUCUGGAGCAUGCCGAGGAAGAAGACGAAGAAUAUCAUAUUGUGGGGGAUUUUCUCGCCACACGGCUAGACUACAAGCGCCUUACUAAGGAGCAGUACCGCGAUGUGGUGUUCACAGCAUUUCGCCUGGCUGUUUUCAUUUAUAAUGACACCGAUCUUAUAGACAAGUACUUUAAUUUGAUGAUCUUGGAGAAGAUUGACAUGAUCAAUGUGAUAGCCGCUGUACUUUUGCGCUUGAGCGCCCACCUUCUGUUAAAUUCUCAUCGCCACGAGUUGUGGUAUCCGAGAUGCGGGGAAUUCUUGAACGGAGCGCGAGUGGAAUUGGUAACAACGUUCCCGCCUCGUAUGCCAUCAGAACGUAUUACCGCAAACGCUUUUACUUAUUACAAAAUCAAUCCUUUUACCGAUUUUGUGGAAUGCUACAAGAACGUAAAAAAGACACCGGAGAAUGCUGGAAACAGUGACGCUUCAACUACGAAGGGUGAAAGUCCAUUAGUUCAUUUCGAAAAUAAGCUAUACUCAAUAUGCCUGAAAAAUCGUGAUGUCGAUUGCAUUGAAGAUAUCUUAAAUGCGGAAAUCCUGCCCAUGCAGCUAGUUGACAAAAUUCUCGAGGAUUUCAGCACACCCAAGCGCUGUCAGAUGCUAAAGAAUAUUGCAAAAUAUUUUCAUUUGUACAUCCAUCAAUAUAUAAACAAUUUUACUGUAAAUAAUCGAAUCUAUCAACUGAAAUCCUCGCUUUGUGCCACCCUAAAAACCUUUAAGCGUUCCUGUAAGACUGAAAAUGUGAAAGUGGCGUUGCUGCCUAAUGGUCAAAUUUUGGGAGUGACACUUGACCAAGUCAAUGCCGGCGUAGAGUUGGUGCUAUGCUGUGACAUGAUUAACCAACAUGACCAGAACCUAACAUCCGAGAGAGCGCAAUUCCAGGAUUUUAAGUUUCCCUCAACUAUUAAUAAUGAAAUCAAUAUCUUCGGAGAAAUACCUAAAAAGUCAUCAGAGUUGUUGCGAUACCAUAAGUUACUUACACAUCAAAUAAACAACAAGGUAUCAUUUCUGAAGAGUUCUCCGAAAGAUUUAAAGGUUCAGCAUGAUUUAAUGACUUUGUAUGGAACAUACAACAGUUUUCUCACCUUGCACUUCCCCGAAACUCAUGAAAUGUGUUUACUUGGAGUGCUUAAGUUUUCCUUGUUUCUUGCCACGAUUGGUUUUCUUCAACAUUCCAGUGAUAUUAUUUUUCACGUGAUCGAGUUAAUAGAACUCAAUGAUAUAUAUCUUAAAGAUAUUGGCCUUUACCGGCAGGUCUUCUGUGUCAUUCAGAAGAAUGUCGAACAGUAUAUUGACAUAAUGAUCGAUAGUCAGGAGCUGGGCUCUGAGUAUCCCGAAAUGUUGCUGCUGAGCUGUGCGUGCCUUUUAAAGAGACUAAUGCGGCAUACAGAAAAACUACUUGACGAUGAAGAGGCUUCUCGCUUAUACAUGGAAUUCAGUACCUAUCACAUCAAAUGGAAGACAAUACUUAACUCUUACAUACUAAUGCCGCCGGGCCUAAGAAAAUAUUUGCUAGAAUCAAAAUAGUAGGGCCCCUGUUACACCUUUUAUUGUGUACAAAUGUAUGAUGAAACCCAAGAGGCAUGACUGCACAAGUCCCUAUUGAUAUUCGGAGAACAAUUUUAAGUUAAUUUAUGAUCCAUUCCAGUCACUACACAUGCCAUAUACCGUUUUUGUUUCGUUUUUAUUUAUUUACGCAAAUGUUGAAUAUAUUAUAAAGUUCGUUUGAAG